UAAUUAGUGCGUAACGGGACUUUUGAGACACACUGUACGACGGAAGUCAAACAAAAUAAUUUUGUCGUGUUGAUUCGACCGCCCAUCGCAAAACCCUACCACGACGAGACCCGACCAAUUAAACGACGCAACGAUCGCGAACCCGACAGCCGUUAGGCUAUAAAAACGAUACUUAAACCGAUCGGAACUGUAGUCAGUCCAUCAACUAUUAAAGCUCAAACAUUGACCGGAUCAACUUCGUCGUCGUUGAGGAACAGAUUCCGAAAUAACAGAUAUCGCAGUACCGCACAUUAGGUACCAUACUCGAUUUCCUCCGAAAAAACAACAAAAACAGCAAAUCCAAAAUGUUUCUGUCGUACACCGUCGUGCCCGUGUUUGUUUUGGCCAUACUUUUUAACUUCAUCUACGUGUUCUCCGACGAUGAUAAUUUGUCUUCAACGAAUUCAACUUCACCUACUAGCAUUAAUUUCACGUCAUGUAACGAAUGCUUGCAAUCGAAGUGCUACAUUGAUUUGGGUGGAGCGUGCAUCCCCAUCAACGACACCACAUCAAACUCACAGAACUCAUCGAUUGCCCAGUGUUUCGUGUGUGAUAAGGACGAUAAGGGACGCUUUAUGUACUACAACAAAGACUAUUGUGAAAAAGUAUGCCCCGAUAAAGUUAAUGGUUGCUAUUGCAACGGCCAUUGUUUCAUGUGUUUUAAAGUGAAUGUAUCUAUGCCACCCUCGACUAAUUCGUGCAACCUGCCCACCCAGAUGUUUGACGAUAAGUGUAAGUUAAUCAAUUACCAUGUGGAAGAAUAAUGAAAC